AUGGCCCCACACCAAGAAUCAGGAAAGCCCGACAAGUUUGGUCCUGUAAUCUUUACAACAAGACUUGGCGCAGAGCAUGGGAGAGUAACAAAGCCCUUGCAUGGUGCACCGCUCUCAAAGCAUCUAAAGACUCGACCAUCAUCACCGUCGCCACCCGGAGCCACGGAAGUGAAAGUCAAGGAGGAGAUUGUCUCUCCUUCUGCCACCAACUUUCUGCCUUGGGGACCUACCCCUCGCACCACGAAGAGCUUGGGAGAUUAUCCUCGUCGUUCUGACCCCCAACCGUACACAGCAGCCUGGGCUCCACCCAAUGCAAAUCUGUCCCAGCCCUAUCAGCCUUCGGCUGUACCUCUUCAAGCUCCUACGAUGACAUUUCCACCUCCGACAGUACCAUAUCAACCUCCGCCUGUGCCUUUUACAUACUCAGCUGCACUAAAUCGGUAUCUCAACUCAAACGAAGUGUCUGGUGCCCAAAAUAGCAUAUCACAGCGCCAGAACAAUGAUCAAUUGAAACAUAUGCUGGAGAGGUAUCAGGCUAUAGCUCGCUCUAUCAGAUGGAACGCUGAGCAACUAGACCGCAUGAUUGCCUCAUUAUUAGGACCAUUACCUUAAGCCUGAGCAGAAGUUUGCAGGGAAACCAGCGAUGGGGAGAAACAGUUUCACCG